GUCCCAGGCAGGCUGUCGCUCGCACCUGAGGGCUCGCCUGGCCGUCCCUCGGGACGCUGGGACAAGGUGAUGAGAGACGCAGAGAUCCCCUCGUCCUGUGGGACCCUGUGCCCUCUCCAGCUGUGCCCCCCUCCAGCUGUGAGCCCUCCAGCUGUGCCCCCUCCAGCUGUGCCCCCCUCCAGCUGUGCCCCCCCCUUCCAGCUGUGCCCCCGUUUAAAGCUGACAGACUGUACCGAGCUGUGCACCGUACAGCUGACCGACUGUACCGAGCUGUGCACCGUACAGCUGACCGACUGUACCGAGCUGUGCACCGUACAGCUGACCGACUGUACCGAGCUGUGCGCCGUACAGCUGACAGGCUGUACCGAGCUGUGCACCGUACAGCUGACCGACUGUACCGAGCUGUGCGCCGUACAGCUGACCGACUGUACCGAGCUGUGCACCGUACAGCUGACGGGCUGUACCGAGCUGUGCACCGUACAGCUGACAUGCUGUACCGAGCUGUGCACCGUGCAGGCGUGCUGUAUAGCCUACCGACGAGAUCAGAACUGA